AUGCAACUUGGACUGAGCGCCUACAGCACUGAGAAACUGGGUGAUGCCGCGAAAAUGAAGAUGUCUUCUGAUGAUGUACACUCCGUGGAAUGGGUCAAUGAGACUGUGGUGAGAGAGUUUGUCUUCCUGGGCUUCUCCUCUCUGGCUGGGCUGCAGCAGCUGCUCUUUCUUGUCUUCCUGGUCGUCUACCUGUUCACUCUGGGCACCAACGCCAUCAUCAUUUCCACCAUCGUGCUGGACAGAGCCCUCCACACUCCCAUGUACUUCUUCCUUGCUGUCCUCUCCUGCUCUGAGACUUGCUACACCUUCGUCAUUGUACCCAAGAUGCUGGUAGACCUGCUGGCCCAGAAGAAGACCAUCUCCUUCCUGGGCUGUGCCAUCCAGAUGUUUACCUUCCUCUUCCUCGGCUGCUCUCACUCCUUCCUGCUGGCGGCCAUGGGUUAUGAUCGCUAUGUGGCCAUUUGUAAUCCACUGCGCUACACAGUGCUCAUGGGGCCUGGGGUGUGUGUGGGCCUAGUGGCUGCUGCCUGUGCCUGUGGCUUCACUGUUGCACAGAUCAUCACCACCUUGAUAUUUCACUUGCCCUUCUACUCCUCCAACCAGCUCCACCACUUCUUCUGUGACAUCUCCCCUGUCCUCAAGCUGGCAUCUCACCAUAAUCAUUUUAGUCAGAUUGUCAUCUUCAUGCUCUGUGCAUUGGUCCUGAUUAUUCCUCUGUUGUUGAUCUUGGUAUCCUACAUUCACAUUAUCUCUGCCAUUCUCCAAUUCCCUUCCACACUGGGGACCCAGGAAGUUCCCAUUUCUAGACUGCUAUAUCUUCAGUUUGUGGUAUGCAUCAAAAACCAUAAAAAUGUUAGAAGACUAAAAACUAUCACUUCUAAAAUUUUCCCAGAAAUAUUAACGAGCAAGGAUCAAGAGCCGUAUCACAAGGUAAUCCAAGACUUCUCAGAAGAAGUCUGA